UCCCUCCCUGCUGGUUUCCAAUGGAAACUGAGGCAAAAUCUCCAGCAGUGGCCCCAGGAGCCAAGAUGGAAGGCCCUGUGGAGGCCAGAAAAGAGUACAGAUGUGUGAGGACAUCACUGGGCAAGAAGAAGGAAGUUUAUUCCAGCUACAUCGCUCAUGUCCUCAAGCAAUCGCAGCCCCUUGGAUGGGGCCAGGCCGAAGCCAACCUGGAGUCCCGGGAUGGCCAGCUGCUGGAACGGGUGGCCGGAGAGGCCUUCAGGCUGACCCACUCGAAGCGGCGAAGGACGGUCACCAGCCGGGAGGUGCGAGACGCUCUGGAACUGGUCCUGGCAGAACCGGUCAAAGAGUAAGAAACAACUGUCCACGACCAUCACUAGCGGCGCUCACUCUACCCCUGUCCUCCUGAAUAAAGC